CUGUUUACUUCUUUAUUAGAUUAUGGACUCUACUGCUAUGCACAAGAUGCCAAAAGGCACGAAACUUCAAAGGCCUGAAAUUAAGUCAAGCAGUGAUGGGCCCAAGCGGAUUCCUGUAUUGCAGCAGUCACAGCCCAUUCAGAAGGCUGUAGUCACACCAACCCCGCAUCAGCGAGUUCUAGGUGUAUCAAAUGGACCUCAGCGCGUUCAGAGGCCUAUGAGUCACCAGAAACCGGUGUCAAACCUGUCCCUUACUGUCAAGUCGACACACCCUGCUGAUCAGAAUGUGAACCCCGCUAUUCAGAAUGUAAAUGCAGCAACACAGCUCAAACCCAGCACCCAGCAAAACCAGCUGAAAACGCAAGCUCCUAAACCAAACCUGACCAAACCCCAGUUGGAACCACAAAAGCCAGAGAAGCCACAGGACAAACCUGCCAAGAACGAUCACGCACAAACCUCUACAUCAAAGACACGAUGGAGUCUGGAAAAUUUUGACAUUGGUCGUCCUUUGGGAAAGGGGAAGUUCGGGAAUGUCUACCUCGCCAGGGAGCGACAGACUAAGUUCAUCCUGGCCCUGAAGGUGCUCUUCAAAAAGCAGCUGGAGAAGGCUGGGGUGGAGCACCAGCUGAGGAGAGAAGUGGAGAUCUGAUUUUCCUACAGGCAUCCGAACAUCCUGCGACUCUAUGGCUACUUCCACGAUGCCUCUCGUGUGUACCUCAUCCUGGAGUUUGCACCCAGGGGAGAGCUGUACAGCGAGCUGCAGCGCUGUGGACAUUUUUCCGAGAACAUAAGCGCCACGUACAUCAUGGAGUUAGCAGAUGCCCUCAACUAUUGCCACACCAAAAAGGUGAUCCACAGGGACAUCAAACCAGAGAACCUGUUACUGGGGGCCAAUGGGGAGCUCAAGAUCGCGGAUUUCGGCUGGUCUGUUCACACCCCGUCCUCCAGGAGGUCCACUCUGUGUGGGACACUGGACUACUUGCCUCCAGAGAUGAUUGAGGGGAAAACUCAUGACGAGAAAGUGGACCUGUGGAGUCUCGGGGUCCUUUGCUACGAGUUCCUGGUUGGGAAACCCCCAUUUGAAGCAAAAACCCACGAGGAGACCUACCGUAGGAUUUCAAGGGUGGAGUACUCUUACCCACCACAGGCCACUAUCAGUGCUGGAGCUAAAGACUUGGUUGCCAGGCUGCUGAAGCACAACCCUAUGCACAGACUGCCCAUCCAGGGAGUCCUGUCCCACCCCUGGGUGGUCGAGUACUCGACCAAGAAGCCAACAACCUUAAACAGUGAAGAGCCCGGCCAGUGACUGGUCUCUACGUACGACCGCACGUCUGAUGGAGACUGUACAAGAUAAACACGAGGGUGUAGCUGAUGUAUGAAAAUCUGCUUCUAUCUCUGACUUUAAAACCACUUGGUGGAACAGUAUUUUGGUUUGCAAAUAUCUUGAGCCACUUAGCUGUAUUUGUUAUCUUUUUUUAAACUUAAUGUUUUCUGUCUUACCUGAACUUUCUUUCUGUGGCAUUCUGUUGCCUGUAAAUAUUUUACUGUCUGCAGAAUUAUGAGAGUUUUACUGAGCUUUUCUAAAAUGUUGUUACUUGAAAUUAAAAAAUAAAUUAUCAUCAAAGAAUCUCA